AUUACAGAGACAGCGAACAGAACAGCACACAGGUUAUCAUCCUGACAGCAGUGCGUGGUCAAUAAUAACAAUGAUAAUAUUAAUGCACAUGACAUAUUGUCAUUGCCCUAAAACGUCCUUAUUUUAAUUGCACGUGUAGCCAAUUAUUUAGGAUUUCUAUUCAUUUUUUAUUUUUUACUUAUCAUUUUAAUAGAAAACUUGUGCAUAAGAGAAGACUAUGACUUUAAGUGCUUCAGUGAGCUGUGCUAAAACAUCUUGAGCAGAGCAAAUGUAAGUAUGUUGUUUAAUCUAGGCAACCUGAGGUGAUAGUCAUCUUGGGACCAAGAAGUGAUUCAGAUUUACAUAAUGUUGAUAAAAGGAUUCGUCUAGAACCCAUAUAUCGCCUACCUGAGGACAAUGACCAUGAGUGGCAGUAAUCACACUGUGCGAUCUGUGCCACUGGAUCUUACCAACAAAACCCGAGAGCGUGGGGGCUGCGCGCAGGCGGCAGACCAAGGUCGCCCUAGACCUGCUCCAGAAAGACAGGUGGAACCGGGACACAAGUGCAGCAAUGGACACGGAGUUCUUCCAUCCGAGCCACAGGACUGUUGUGAUGCAUCAGUUUCGCAGACUACUCAAACAGACGCUGUGGGUGUCAGGGGAAAUAGGACGCUUGAGGGUGCCAAACAUACCCGAACUAACCCUAACGCUGCAGAGAAACUGGCUGAUUCCUCAAUUUCCAAACUUCCGCCAAGGAAACGUCCUUUUCCUCUGGAUGUGGAUCAUGGCAACAGUGGUCCAAGAAACGACCCACCUAGCCCGGAACCAAAAGUUUUGAAGAACCCCGAGGCUCAGAUAGACACAGAUGCACAGCGGAUAUUUUGUACAUUUGGACAUAAACCAAGCGUUAAUGACUCCCGGUUUGUGCCACACUUAACACCAUAUCCAGGUUGUACAUGUUUCAAGUGGCCUCGGCAGCCUCCUCCACUGGAGAGCACAGAUCGUCUGCUGGCAGAUAUUGCUGAGGCAACACAUCAAGAUGAAGAUGGUGACACGCCUCUUCACAUUGCUGUUGUCCAAGAGAAUUGGCAACUGGUCAUCUGGCUUAUUGAAAUAUAUCAACGGGCCCACAAAAACAUGGACGUUUUCAAUAACCUAAGACAGACACCAUUGCACUUGGCUAUAAUAACCCAUCAGCCUGUUUUGGUGAAAGCUCUGCUGGAUGCAGGUGCUGACCCUGGAGCUUUGGACCGUAACGGACAGACUGCGCUGCACUUGUGCUGUGAGCGCGGAGAGGCCGACUGUCUGUCUGUCAUCCUCAGACCCUACCCCCAAAACCCCUCGCCUCAUCUGGAGAUCAGGAACUAUGAGGGUCUGACGCCUCUCCACCUGGCUGUGCAGAAUGGAGAUAAAACGUUGGCACAAAUCUUAUUGAAGAAUGGAGCUGAAGUCAACGCUGGGGAUAAUAAGAGUGGUCGAAGUCCACUGGUUCAUGCUGUAGAAAACAACUUUACUGACAUAGUCGUCUUUCUGAUUGAGAGUGGGUGUGAUGUGAACGCACAGUCUUACAGUGGGAAUACAGCAUUGCACAGCGCCUGUGGCAGAGGUCAUAUAGAGAUCGUCAGGGUCUUGCUGAAAAAUGGAGCUGACAGUAGUCUGAAAAACAACCAUAAUGAUACUGCCAUCAUGGUCGCAAAAAACAAAAAAGUAUCUGAUGUGCUGCGUGGGAGAGGCACUCGUAGCUGCACUGUGAAAACUGGCAGUAAUGGCUCUCUGUCCCCUGGCAGCUCCAACCAUUCUCCUCGAAUGACUCCCACUUUCUCCCCACAUUCUCCUGUGACUCCAGUUUUACACCGAAGUCAGUCAGCAGACAACAUUUCAGAGAGGCGGUCACCGAUGAACAGCAGUGAAGAAACACUGCAAAUGUUGCCACGGGCACACCAUAAUGUAGCUGUGGACAACAGGGCAGGCUACGGAAUGGCACUCCAUCAUUUCCCAUAUCUGUUACCGUCUGGGUACAACCAAAUUAAGCCCACUGUCCCUCAUAUCCAGAGAAGGAUGCUAUUCACAGAUUGCCCAUUUUACUAUCCCACUAGUAUUCAAACACCUCCAUAUUACCAAGAUGCAAGGAUUAUCUUAGUCCCCAGUUUCCCUGUGCCGGCCACAUAUGGCUCUCCUUCACAAGGUGCCGUUAACCAAUCACGGCCAUCCAGUCGCAGCAGUGAUCAAUCAGACAUGUCUACUGUGAGUGCAAACAGUGAAGAAAGAAGUGUGAGUUGAUAGUUGCUAGAUGUUUAAGCAGCUGGUCAUCUUAAAGGGGACUGUUCACCCAAACAUGAAAAUUCUAUCAUUAUUCACUCAGCCUUACACUGUUCCAAACCUGUAUGAAUUUCUUUCUUCUGCUGAACACAAAAUAAGAUAUGAGGAUGAAUUGGUAUUUUAACCAAACAGUUGCUGGUAGACAGUGACAUCCAUAGUACGGAAGAAAAAAAAAAUACCAUGGAAGUCAAUCGCCAACAGUGACUGUUUGGCAAGCAAAAAUUUCUGAAUCUCUCGCUUUGUGUUCAGCACAAGACAGACAUUCAUACAGGUUUAGUGGGUGAAUUCCCACCUUUAAAGGGAUAAAUCACCCAAAAAUGAAAAUUCUGUCAUCAUUAAUUCACCCUCAUGUUGUUCCAAACAUGUACACGUUUCUUUCUUCCGCAGAACAUAUUUUGAAGAAUGAUGGUAACCAAGCAGUUUUAGUAACCAUUGACUUCCAUUGUAAGAUGGAAUGACAUGAGGGUUAAUAAAUGAUGAUUUUGGGGUGAAUUAUCCCUUUAAAUGGUGAUGUUUGAAUAUUAUUUGUGGUUGGACAACAUACUGACUGAUUUAUAGCAUUUAUUUGUAUCUAAGCAUUUUUCAAAUAUAUGUUUAUUCUGAUAUUGUUUUUUCCAAAUCAAUAAUGUGUAAGUGUAUAUUUGUGUUACCAAGUGUUUUGCUACGUAUUUGAAAUUAUGGUGAUUUUGUCAUGUAUUAUAAAGGGUUAUGAUAUUUAUACUUCAAUAGCAAGAUGUCAGAAUUAUAAAAAAAAAAAUUUGUUUUCAUUUGCAAUUUUCUUCUUGUUUACAAUCGAAACUGCAUGUUGGUCAGUGUGUUUACUGAAAUCGUAUUGGUUUUCCCAUGUUCAGAUUUUCCAGAUAUUAGUUAUUCAAAUUAAUUUGAAACACACACACACACAUACAAUCUUUAAGUGCAUUCAUGUUUUAAAAAAAAUGUCAGAAAUUGCACUUUACAUUUUGAGGCUAUCAAAAGGGGGUUAUUAGGGUACACAUAUGACAGCUGAUAUCCACCAAGUAUAAUGCCAAUAGACACCAGGAUAGGUUUUUCUAAUGAACGCAGUGACAUUGUCAACUACUGUCGAAAAUGCCAUAUACACAAAAUCCCCAUAUUGUGACUACGUGCCACUUUUAUUUUAGUGCGAGUCUUUGACAAUUACCAGAAUUUUGAGAAACUGAUUAAAAUUAUAACCACUUGGGUUUUAAUAUGCAUUUGCUGUAGUGGUACUUAAUGGUGAUGUUGCUGAUAGUUAUGUGAAUGUAUGAGUUUUGCUUUUCAUAUGAAUGUGUGAAUCUAAGUGCAGCAUAGUAUAAAGUAACCUAAUUUACUAUGAAUAAAAAAAUACAUAUUUUUAUA